AUGAAUCAAUACGUCACCAAACUGAAUCAGCAACCGAUGCUCCACAUGGAUGACGAGUGGGUGAACUUCCAGGAGUUCAGUGAUGGCCUGCGCGAAUCUGUCAACAAUGUGGAGGUAAACGAUGACCACAACGCUCGUGAAGAGCCUCCCACAAUUCAGGUCGUACUUACAGGGAUCAAGCGGCUCGGGUCGCUGAGCUUGACGGGUACCUUCUACUCGAUUUUGCUUUCUAACUUGCCUUUGUACAGUGUGGACGACAUUCGCAAGUUGAUUGUACUGAACGUCAAAGUAAACCUUCCUCCACACACCCACAUAAAUCUUGAUGUGGUGCCCGGAGAUGGUACUCAUGACGGGGCGUGUAUUGUGUCGGUAUCUGAUGUGAAUGUUGCUGUGUGCUUGGUACGCUGCUUCAAUGGGUUGAUGCUCAACAACCACACCAUCGAUGCUAGAUUUAUUCCGCCUCCAACUACUGACGCUUCAAUGAACUCUGUUGACGCUGCACCGAUUGUGGUGAAUCCCAAGCCGGAUUGGGCUAGCAAGGCUAGCACGCACCGUGUGUUUAUUGGGAAUCUCCCAUACGACAGCAAGUUCUCUCAGUUGAAAGACUUUAUGGUGAAGACAUACGGCAUUGAGUUUGUUCCCACGAUUAACAACAUCGAGAUUCCUGUGAAAGACCAAUGGCUGAACAGCCACUUAGCAAGUGAACCGGCAUGUACCCGAGGUUUCGUAGUGAUAGACUUGGGCGACGAAACUGAAGCGGCGGAAAUGAUUGUGAUGCUUAACGGUAAGCAGUUUAUGGGUCGACCAUUAUGGGUUCACUACGACCAGCACCCCAUAAAGUACCCCAAGGGUAAGGUGGUGAGAUCUUUUGGGUGGCAAGGGGGGCCUCCAGUGACGUACAUAUACCCCAAGCCGUACCCUCAUUAUAACCACAACGUUCAUCAGGCGCCUAAACUGGUCCAAAUAAAGCCAUUGAACGCGGAACACGCGACCCCAUCACGCAGUUUUUAG